AAUCAAAAUUUAAAUGAUAAUGAAUUUCAUGGUGAUAAUAAUCAAAAUGAAGAUUUUCCAUUAAAAAAUGUUAAUUCUUCGUCUUCUACGUUGUCCAUAAUAAAACAUUCACAACAAUCCUCAUCAUCAUCGAAAUCAAUGACAAUACGACGAAUGAAUUCAAUCGGUCAUGAUGAUCCUGAAAUGAAAUAUCAAAAUAUUACAGCACAAGUUGGCCAUCCUGCCUAUAUGCCUUGUAUUAUUGAUUCACUUGGUGAUAAAAUGGUUUCUUGGAUUCGUUUACGUGAUUUUCAUCUAUUAACAAUUGGUACAUUAACUUAUAUACAAGAUGAUCGUUUUGUCGUCCGUUAUGGUGGUUAUCAAUCCAAUGAUUGGAUUUUACAGAUUAAACAUGUUACAAUCAAAGAUGAAGGUCUAUACGAAUGUCAAAUCAAUUCGGAUCCACCAAAAAGCCAAUAUUUUUACUUGCACAUUGUCGUUCCUGUUACAGAAAUUAUUGGCAAUCCAAACAUUUUUGUACGUCUUGGUGAAUCAAUCAAUCUGACCUGUUUAAUAACACAAUCACCUGAACCACCGGCAUUUGUAUUCUGGUAUCACAAUGAACGUAUGAUUAAUUAUGAUUACACUGAAACGGAUGAUGGACGUAUUAUAGUGCAAAAAAGUGCCGAACAAAAUGAUGUUAUCAUAUCACGUUUAAUGAUCAAUAAAGCUAAAUUAGAUUCAAGUGGUAAUUAUACUUGUACACCAAGUAAUGCUGAACCAGCAUCAACAUAUGUACAUGUUUUACAAGGUGAAAAACGACUAUCGAAUGAUGUUCAAAAUGAUUGGAAUCAACAAACAUUAGACAUGACAAUUACAACACAGCAAAAAAGUGCCACCAAUUCAGAGGGUCAUCAUUCAGGAUCAAUAUCAACAACAAUUUAUCAUCAUCAUCAUCAUCAAAGACGAUUAUCAUGUUACAUUAUUACUAUUUUCGAUUCUGGCAUUGUCAUCAUCAUUAUUUCAAUAAUUUCGAUGCUCAAUGAAUUUUUAUUCCUACAAUAUUAAUGCAUCAAAUGUGUAAAUAUAUAGAUACAAAAAAAAACAUUCGAUGUAUGUGAGAUCAUUAUUCAUUCAUUCACCAUUGACCAUACCACGUAUACGAUAAGAGAGAAGAUAAUAAACCAACCAACCAAAUGGCCAUUUCUCAUAUUCUCUCAAAAUUCUAUAACCAUCUUAUUAUUUUUUAUUUCCUGCAAACUGUGUAAAUAAAACUGUAAAUGAUAAUAAUUCA